CCCAAUGUAGGUGUUCGCCUAGACAGAGUACGUGGAGGUCGCCAGAAGUACAAGCGCAGAAUAGAUGCAGAGAAUAGCCCAUACCUGAACCCUCAGCUAGUUCAGCCAGCAAAAAAGCCAUAUAACAAGAUUGUCUCCCAUUUGCUGGUGGCUGAACCAGAGAAGAUCUAUGCUAUGCCUGACCCCACUGUUCCAGACAGUGACAUCAAAGCACUUACUACUCUUUGUGACCUGGCAGACAGAGAACUGGUGGUGAUCAUUGGAUGGGCUAAGCAUAUUCCAGGAUUCUCCACUUUGUCUCUAGCUGACCAGAUGAGCCUUCUGCAGAGUGCUUGGAUGGAGAUUUUGAUUCUCGGUGUUGUAUACCGGUCACUUUCUUUUGAGGAUGAGCUCGUAUAUGCUGAAGAUUAUAUUAUGGAUGAAGACCAAUCCAAAUUGGCAGGCCUUCUUGACCUUAAUAAUGCCAUACUGCAGCUGGUAAAGAAAUACAAGAGCAUGAAGCUGGAGAAAGAAGAGUUUGUCACCCUCAAAGCUAUAGCACUUGCUAAUUCAGACUCGAUGCACAUAGAGGAUGUUGAGGCAGUGCAGAAACUUCAGGACGUCUUACAUGAGGCUCUGCAGGAUUAUGAGGCCGGGCAGCACAUGGAAGACCCACGUCGCGCAGGCAAGAUGUUGAUGACUCUCCCGCUUCUGAGGCAAACCUCCACCAAGGCAGUGCAGCAUUUCUACAACAUCAAACUGGAAGGCAAAGUCCCCAUGCACAAACUUUUUUUGGAAAUGCUGGAGGCCAAGGUCUGACUAAAGCAUCAUGGGCUUUCCCAUCAUGCACGUUUUAAAAAAAAAAAAAAAAAAAGGGAAAAUAAACAGGAUAAUAAUGGCAAAGCAACUUAGUGUUUAAUUAAGGAAAAAAUGACUGCACUGAUAUUUAGCAGCAAGACUGUGAAGCAGCUUUCAACUUUUUCUUCUGUGUCUUUCUGAUACAGUUUUCCUUUUCCUUUUCCUUUUCUCUCUUUUCCUUUCUGUUCUUUCCUUUCCUUUUUCCUUUUCUCUUUUUUCUUUGCUGCUGAACUUUUUAAAAGAGGUCUCUAAUUGAAGAGAGAUGGAAGCCAGGCCUGCCAAAGGAUGGAAAUCCAUAAUAUGGAUGCCAGUGAACUUAUUAUGAACCAUAAUGUCCCCAAUGACAAAGGAAUCAAAGAGAGAACCACCGUACCUAGCAGUACAGUACAACACGAUGAACUGACUGAAUGCAGUAUUAGAUUUCAUAGGAGCAGUCUCUAAUUAGACGACUAAGCGACGAUGCAUCGGCUGCUUCUUAUCAUUGCAUUUUCCAUCUAGAUCAGUUACAGCCAUUUGA